UCGGCACUUGCCACGUUUACCCGCUUGGCUGGGAGUGACGGCCUCAGCGCGCCUCACGUCGCCCUCACAGCCGCAGAGCCUCCGCGCCGCUCGCCCUAAGGCCGAACGCACGCGCUAAGACGUUGCUUUGCCCCCACAGUCUCGUCCGAGAAAGCCGACGGCAUGUGCGGAAUCUUCGCCUACCUAAACUACAAUGUGCCUCGCUCACGGAAGCACAUCCUGGACACCUUGGUUAAGGGACUGCAGAGGCUGGAGUACCGUGGAUAUGACUCUGCAGGAGUGGCCGUGGAUGGUGGAAAUGACAAGAACUGGGACAAUAACUCCAAGGUUAUCCAGCUCAUAAAGAAACGAGGAAAGGUGAAGGCCCUGCAGGAUGAGAUCUACAAACAAGAUUCCUUGGACUUUGACAUCGAGUUUGAGACCCACGUGGGUAUUGCGCAUACUCGCUGGGCCACUCACGGAGAGCCCAAUGCAGUGAACAGCCAUCCUCAGCGGUCAGACAAAAACAAUGAAUUUGUUGUGAUUCACAAUGGAAUCAUCACCAACUACAAGGACUUGAAGAAAUUCUUGGAGAGCAAAGGCUACGAGUUUGAGUCCGAGACGGACACAGAGACCAUCCCAAAGCUUCUCAAGUACAUGUACGACAACCGCGAGAGCGACGAGAUCAGCCUGAGCACCCUGGUGGAGCGUGUCACCCAGCAGUUGGAAGGAGCAUUUGCUUUGGUCUUCAAGAGCGUGCACUUUCCAGGCCAGGUGGUGGGGACAAGACGUGGAGGACCUCUGCUGAUUGGAGUGCAAAGCAAACACAAGCUUUCAACCGACCACAUCCCCGUCCUGUACCGCUGUGCUGACAAGCAAGUAUCAGCAUUGCACCAGCUCACUACCCAGUGGAAAGCAGAUGAAGAUGGAAAGGAAAAGAAGGCUGUAUCAACACUGCCUCGGGUUGAUGGGGACACGUGUCUGUACCCGAUUGGGGAAGAGACUGGUGUGGAGUAUUAUUUUGCAUCGGAUGCAAGCGCAAUCAUCGAGCACACGAACCGUGUGAUCUUCCUGGAGGACGACGACGUGGCGGCGGUUGUGGACGGUCGUCUCUCCAUCCACCGCAUCAAGCGCACUGCUGGGGAUGACCCGGCGCGUGCCAUCCAGACCCUGCAGAUGGAACUGCAACAGAUCAUGAAGGGGAGCUACAGCUCUUUCAUGCAGAAAGAGAUCUUUGAACAGCCCGAGUCCGUGGUGAACACCAUGCGUGGCCGUGUCAACUUCGACGACUUCACAGGUACAGUGUUGCUGGGAGGCUUGAAGGAUCAUAUCAGAGAGAUCAGACGGUGCAGGCGCCUCAUUGUCAUCGGCUGUGGCACCAGCUACCACGCAGGCGUUGCGACUCGCCAAAUCCUGGAGGAGCUGACGGAGUUGCCGGUGAUGGUGGAGCUCUCCAGCGACUUCCUUGACCGCAACACGCCCGUCUUCAGAGAUGAUGUCUGCUUCUUCAUCAGCCAGUCGGGGGAGACCGCGGACACACUCAUGGCGCUGCACUACUGCAAGGAGCGCGGCGCGCUGACGGUGGGCGUCACCAACACGGUGGGCAGCUCGAUCUCACGUGAGACCGACUGCGGCAUCCACAUCAACGCCGGGCCGGAAGUCGGCGUGGCCAGCACCAAGGCAUACACGAGCCAGUUCGUGGCGCUUGUGAUGUUCAGCCUGAUGAUGUGCGACGACCGCCUGUCCAUGCAGAAGCGCAGGCAAGAGAUCAUCAGUGCUCUCCGCACUCUGCCAGACCUGAUUAAAGAGGUGCUUGCGCUGGAUGAUCAGAUCAAUUCGCUCGCUCAUGAGCUUUACCAGCAGAGAUCCCUGCUGGUGAUGGGACGUGGCUUCAACUAUGCCACCUGCAUGGAGGGUGCUCUGAAAAUCAAGGAGAUCACGUACAUGCAUUCGGAGGGCAUCCUCGCCGGGGAGCUGAAGCAUGGGCCCCUCGCACUGGUGGACAAGCUCAUGCCUGUCAUCAUGAUCAUCAUGAAAGACCCCACGCACACCAAGUGUCAGAACGCACUUCAGCAAGUGGUGGCCAGAAAGGGGCGGCCUAUCCUGAUCUGCGAGAAAAACGACGACGAGUCGAAGCUGCUCGCAUACCGCACCAUCGAACUGCCGCACACGGUGGACUGUCUGCAGGGCGUCCUCACCGUCAUCCCCCUGCAGCUCCUGUCUUACCAUCUGGCUGUCCUGCGUGGCUUUGACGUGGAUUUCCCACGCAACUUGGCCAAGUCCGUCACAGUCGAGUGAAACGGCUCUCAAAGUUCCCCGGUGAAGCAAGAGAAAUGUUUUCAUUCGACACCGUCCUUUAGUCUUGUGCUUUCUCUGUGGUUUCCUGUCACUCUCCUUUUGGUACAAUAUGCAGCGUUGUUUCUGUCUUAAGGGUUUGCACCGGGUUCGUUUUUGAUAGUUUGUGUGCGUAAUAGAUUUGCAUUCCUUAUUUACCGGUGUUGCUUGAAACAACUGUUUCUUCAACUGUCAAGUUAAAGUAGAACGGAUGUUUAUUUUAUAACUAUAGCUCUGUAAGCUGCUCUUACAUGAUGCGACCAAUAAAUAACACUGAACAAGAAUGAAGUGGAAAUCGGCUAAUGUAUUCGUUAAAAAUAUAAUUCAAUUCAAUGCCGUUAACCCGGUGAGAGCCCAAUGAAAUUCAUGCAUUAUCUAUAACUACAUUUAGGAGGAGCCUUUACAUAUUAGUUUAAUGGCAUCAUGUUUAAUUUACUUAGUGUCUUGGCAUGCUCGAGAUUGUAGAGACUUGUUAACCAUAGCCAUCCAGCUGUUGUAUUUUGGCUUUGUGCGGUAUCGCAUGUCUUGUUUACAGGACAACAAUAAGUGUCGUUGAAGGGAACAUGAAUGAAAGAAUAACGUGAAUAAUAUGGUAUUCAUCGUCUUGGUUCUUUCCGUAAAGUCACGUAGAAUGGAAAUAGUAAAAUAAUAAAAAUAAACGUAAUAGAAAAAUAAAAAAAAUACAAAUAAAACAUAUAAUAAAACAUUUUAUUAUGUUUUAUUUUUAUAGUAUUUUUUAUUAUUUUAUUAUUUCCAUUCUACGUAACUUUACCGAAAGAACCAAGAAGAUGAAUCCCUGCAGUCACGAAAGCUUUAAAUCGAAAUUUAAUAUGCUAUUGUUCUUCUAACUAGCCAGGGUGGUAAUAUCUCCAGAAUGGAAAAACUCGAUUGUCUUGAAGGGACGGUGGCCGAUGGAUGAGACUAACGAAGGAAUGACAGCCAAAGGAGGGAACGUGCCCCGGGGGAGCAAGUCGUCCUCCUCCGAGGUGGUGGAGUGAUGGUGUCCGCUCACGUGCAGGUGUGUUAGGUGAAUUAUUCCAUCGCAGGACUGAGAGACGCUGAUGGCAAUGGCUUUCAGAGGCCCUCAUCCUGCAGUGGAAUUGAUCAUGGCUGAUGAUGUCUAUUAUUAUAUGAAACAAAAAAUAUUAGCUAUUCGAUAUGCAUCGACAAUGGAAGGCUGUGCAACGUGUGAAUUCGCAUCAAUUAUGACACGCGUUGUUGCUUAUAUUUUUUGAAAAGCAGAUGUGAUGUGAAUACUGAAUGCAGAUACUGUGGUUGUCGGCAAGUGUGGGAGAUUGUAAUUCACAGCAAAUAGUUUGAUCUUGGUGAUAUGCUGUGUUGGGCCAAUUUGCUGCUAAAUCACGAGCUUUAUGCAUGAACACCCAUUUGUAUUUAAAUUAUUAGUAUUAUGCUAAAUAGUGGACACAAAUAAUCAGUUAUGUUACCGUGCUUAAAAAAAUACAAUUUGCUCACAAAUGCAUCGGUUAUUAAGGAAUACAUGCAAAAGUAUGUUUAUAUUUAUGCAUUGUACAUUUGACGUGUUUGUGUCGGCUCUUAACCUUAUGUUAAAAAAAACUUAAUUAUUCAAUCUGUCCUUCUAAAAGUAGAAUGAAGCUAAACUUUAUAAAGAGAUUAGACUUUCAAAUUUUUUUGUUUAUCCUAUACCAUUGGAACUGAUAUAACUGGGCACUUGCGUCACGUGGCAGCAUUGACAGGCAUUUCGUAUUUCCAUUCCACAUGUCAGGGUUGGCUUCGAAAGCACUUAUUCAUUGGUAGACAGAGAGACCUGUUUUUGUUGCAACUUUGUUAAUUUCCUAUUCUUUUAAAGAAGUAUUGUACUCCAUGUUAUACAUGAAUAGCAUGUAUGACCCAACAAUGUCAAUUAGGGGUGUAAAGAUCCAUCGAGUCAUUGAUUUAUUUAUAGAUAAUUAAGAUUAUUGAUACGUGCAUGAGAUUGCAUAUGUAAGAAUCGAUGUUUCCAUUUGUGCAGAUAUGCAAUUAUUUCUUUUAGGGUUAUGAUGUGAGCAAAACUGCACAAACGAGAAAGAAAGAAAAAAACAACGCAAAGGAGAUUGUAAAAUUGGUACGAUACAUUCUCAAUUAUCGGAUGGAAUUACUGCCCCGAUUUGCGUUGAUUUGUGAAAGUCUCCCGGCAGGCACGAAUCAUUGUACCCCCUCUGUCAAUGGUGCGCAGUCAAUGCCCUCUAUUUGCACUUAUGUCUUCUUGAGCUCUUUAUCUUUAGCCAAUUGGAGCGUUCUCUUGUUAUUCAAAUUGUACGCCACCGAGCACAAUGGCUGGGCCCAUGCCAGGAACUGUGCGAGUGGACAGCCCCUACUGCCCAGCGGGGAAGAGUGGGUGGGGGAAAGCAGGGGCUUAACAGCUGUUUCACACCCACCCUGGGUACUAAUGCCAUUUUUUUUUGCAAUGGGAACAGGAGUCAACAAUUCCAUUCAAUUUGGUUUGUUUGCGUUUACACAACAUCGCGUAUGAAAAAUAAGGCUUUGUGUUUCCCCCCCCCACUCCCCAAAAGAAAAUAAACCCCGACAUAUCUAACUCAUUUCCAAUUACACGGGGAAUAUGAAGGGAGUCAAGCAGUUAAAUUGAAAACUAAUGCGCAUUGACAUUUGUGAGAAAAAAAGUGAAUUCCAAAAGCGUUUGAAGGAAAUUGUAGCAGAGGCCGUUCAUAGUUGCACGUAUGGUGCGAAAGAAGUUAAACACGUAAGUUACAGUAGAACUGAUGCAAAGAGCGGCACACCCCUCCCUAUUCAUGGACCUCGGCAGGCAAAGUGGAAUGCAAUUUCAGCCUUCCCGAGGACACUGUUGGCGUCAUUGGGUGCACUUCACAAGAGCAUCGGCAAUGUUCAGGGUAACUGGGGAGAUUUGGAAGUUGGAAUUACACGCAGUUCAAGCACCUGUUAAUUGCGUGGAAUGUAAAUUGAUAGUUUGUUGCAGCAAAAGUUCCGUUAUCCGGUAUCCGUGGGGAAUGAAGUGUGUCGGUUAAUCGAAUACGCCAGUUAUCUGAUAAGUUACUUAUGAAAAAUUCGAUAAGGUUUUCGCCUUUCUGGCAAUAAAGCAGGUGUUAAGAUGUUCAUAGACCAAAUAAAUAACUUUUUGCAAGGAAUCAGGUCUGCAUUAACCACACUUGUGGUGAACAUGCAAACAAACAUGCUCUGAUAAUAUACGAGCAUUGCCUUUGACACUGAUUGGCCUACACCAAAGACGGCAGCCUUCUUCAUGGUCUAGUCUCAUCGGCGUCGGACCAAACGGCGAAGAGUACAAAGACAAUGCACGUGUCAGAGCAUUUAUAGCUCGGGGUGAGCAGCUCUAUCAUGGGACUUUUUUGAUACUGGCUGUUAAACCUAUGUUUCAGCAAAUUUUCCAAGUACUUAAGUACAUUUAAAGAAAUCAACUAAGCCAAAAUGUAUCGUACGAGAAAUAAUAUACACUUUUUACGGAGGCACUCACGGGUCGUUUGUAGAGCAUUCUAAGUUGAUCUUAGAGAAGGAGUGGGGCAGUUUAGAGUACGGUAUACGGUAGGACAGUACUGUCUGAAGCUCCCGUAAACGACCCCUCUGUGAUAAGCGCACGGCAAGAUGCCGGAUGGCUGUCGGAAUUUUUUCCAGAUAAGCGAAGGAAGAUUUGUAUUGCCGUCAUGAAAAAUGCCGGUUAAUCGAGCAUUCCGGAUAGUAAAUUGCCGGGUAACAGGACUUUUGCUGUAUUUGUUCUGUGGUGGUGGAGGGGAUUGGGAAUGGCUGUGAGUAUGGGUGAUGGGACCAAACAGUACCUUGUAGAGGAUACUCAACUUUAUUUUGUUGUGCAAUAAGUCUGUUAAUUUGAAAUUGUUAUAAUACUGGUGUCUGUUAUUUUUUGUGGAUAUACAGUAGGUGGUGUAGCUGGUUUUUUUCCUACUAUUACGCAAGUUCAUUACCAAUGUAUCAAGUGUGAUGAUGAUUUUGCGGUGUGAUUUGAAAAGGUUACUGAAACUUACAGCUGAAAGCAUCAUCUGCUGCCAAGUCCAAUUUGGGUAAUGCUUUGCAGGUAGUGAUAUGCCCGUUUCCUUGCUUUUUUGAGUUUCGAGGCAUCGCCUGUUGGAUGUGACACGGGGGACACCCCGUGGAGGUGACACGAUUUCAGCUUAAAUCAUUGGCCUCGAGUCACGGCGAAUGGGGAAUGGCUAUCGUUGCCCAUUAGUGUGACUGGACAGCUUCCACAACACCAUUGCGUACAUGCAAGUGUAUCACCAAGCGUCAUCGCUUCGGGUAUAAUGUGUAGUUACGCGGUCAGUCCCACCGUAACGUAAUUACAGCGCGGAACAGCAGAUCCUGAUCAAGAGUUUGACGUGAGCAUCAUUUUGGGCUUUUGUCGUGCAUAAAUGCCCGCGUACGAUGCUCAUACAAACGCUCAUUGGAUUGAAUUGGAUCGAAUGAAAUGUCUUUAUGUGGCCUCCGUUGGUCGUGUAAUUGCGUUACCGUGGACUGUUCCACGUGGGCACUGCCUAUUCCAUUUCGGAUUUCUAUAUGUAUGAAUUUGAGUUGGCAAUUUUUUUAAACGAUGGCUUAACUGUGUCAAACAUGUAUUUAUAGAUUUUGUUCAACAACAACAACAACAUAGAUACAUGUGUGUUGGUUAUGCUCCUGCUUUUUUUAGUUUCUUACUGCAUGCACAGUAUAUAGUGCAUUGCAUGUUUUUUCGCUUUUUUUUCCCUUCGUCGCGUGGGACGUGUUUAACAAUCAUCAGAUGCGUGCAGCGUGGAACAAGUACAUUUGUAUUUGAAUGCCAUGUAAAUUGGUGAACGUGGAAGGACGCGUGGCGGGUUAUUAAGACUGGAGUUUUGGAACCCCUGAAUAAGAGCAUCUGUAAAGAUUACCCAAAUUCACUGGCUUCAGCAGCAAGGGCAAUGCUGGAUUGUGUUCUGCGGAGCUCUGCAAUAGAGCUGUGCAUGUACAGGGUACGUGGCUGUAAUAGGAGGAAGGCUUCUUCCUGGAAGGUUACAGGAGACAGAUUUGUGGUGAAAGCCUUUUAAUGAAGAACACCCUAUUAUAUUGCUGUUUAGGAUUUGUUUCUAAUAAAAUAUAGGACACUC